GGAAAGCGCCCUCUGGGUUGACUUGUUCAAGAUUCUCCUUUUUCAACGUUUCAUCUCUUUCUUUCAUGUUUUGGCGUUUUGGUAUUCAUAAUCCGUCAGCCCUCGACUCUCUUCUAGAUCGUGAAGAUAUUGAACUCGAGACGAUACUGGAGGAAGAAGAUCUUCUACAGGAAGCCAAGUCUCAUAAUCAAAAACUCAUCGACUAUCUUUGCAAACCGGAUAUCCUUGCACAACUGCUGAGUUAUAUCACAGCCACGGAUGAUCUUGAGGAACCGAAAAAAUUCAAAUACCCAUUUCUUGCUUGUGAAAUCAUCGCUUGCGAGAUUCCUCAGAUCGUGGAUGUGAUUGUACUGGAAAAGAGGCAACUCCUCGAGGAUUUCUGGGCGCUCCUGGACCGACCUACCCCGCCUCGUCGAAAAGUCACCGAUCCAGUACCCUCAUCAGACAACGAUUUUACCGUCCUCGAUUCUCUUCAAGCAUCCUAUUUUUGCAGAGUCAUCAGCGUCUUACUGACCAAACAAACAGCAGAGAUGGUCAACUUUAUCAGGUCCGAUCCCGACAAUUUACAAAAGAUCCUAUCUCAUCUACACGCAUCAGCCAUCAUGGAUCUCUUGCUCACAUUGGUUCGCCUGGAAGAAAUACAGGAAGGAAAAGGGAUGGUGCAGUGGCUCAGUCAGAACGGGUUAUUGGACGAUCUAAUCAGCCGUUUGGAUCCGUAUCUGGACAGCGAGGAACAUUCCAUAGCACAACAAUGUCUCUGUGAAAUCAUACGAAUGUCGCAAACAAGCUUGAUGGAGUCCCCGAGUAUAGGUCUCAACGAACUUAUUGUACAGUUGAAGAGUGAAAAGGUGAUGAAGACGUUGGUGAAUUAUAUGCUGGAUGCUCGAGCACCCAAUUCUACUUCCACCCUCAUCAAUGGUGUGACUAUUAUUAUCGAUCUUAUACGACACAAUAACAGUGAUAUGGAUAGCGAUCCAAUGUUGAAUACCAGCUACGGAUACCAAGCGGCGCAGAUUCUUGGACAUCCAGCUGUCUCCUUGGCGGAUAUGUUGCACGUACUGGCCGAUCGAGUGGGUGAUUUCAACACUUUAUUAAUUGAACCCAAAUCAGUCACAGGACCUAUACGAACCACUCUAGGUGAACAGAUGCCUCUGGGUUUCGAGCGACUGAAAAUAUGCGAACUGUUUGCUGAACUCUUGCAUUGUUCCAACAUGUCGAAUCUGAAUACACCGGAAAACGAUAAACUUGAGCAUAUUCCAGAGGAAAUGGAAGAGGACGAGGCCGACGACAUGCAAAGUCAGGGAUCGGAAACAUUGGCAGCCGAUGUACCCAAAGGGUCCUCCGAUACCAAGGUAUCCGCCCCCAGCGCUCACGAUCUGCCGGCAGAUGCAAAGGAGCUUUUGAAAGAGGAUACAAAUACAGCAGGAAGAGACAAUAGUAAUGGAUCGAACAAGGACGACAAGGAGGAUGAUUCAGUUGCAGCCGAGUCUACCGUCGCCGAUGACCAGAGUCCAUCGACGGAUGUUGAUCUGGCAACGCCGACAGAUCAAUCAUCGCGCUCCAACGAUCUUGUCAUUGGCGAUUAUCUGAAAACGCAGUUCGUAGAGCAUAAAGUUAUGCCCACGUGCAUCAAAUUGUUCUUUGAUUUCCCGUGGAAUAAUUUUCUGCAUUACGUGAUCUACGAUAUGCUGCAUCAAAUUUUCAACGGACGCAUGGAUAAAGGAUACAAUCGGCAGUUAGCUAUCUCGGUGUUUAAAGAUGGUCGUUUAACCGACAAAAUGGUGGAAGUGCAAAAGAAAAACGAUGAAGAAUGUGCAAAACCCAAUGGCAUGCGAUUAGGCUACAUGGGACAUUUGACAUUUAUUGCGGACGAGAUCAUCAAACUGUUUGAGGGAUUCCCCGAAACGGUAGUGGGAGCGAUCAAGGAUGAUGUGGAUUUGGAUCGAUGGGCCGCCUAUUGUAACGAAGAAUUGAAGCAGACCAAAGAGCGUGAUCGUUUACCGUUGGGAGGAGCGCGCCCCAAUGAAGGAUUAGGCACAGGUUUAAGUGAAGAUGAAGAGGAUGACGAUGCGAUGGAUGGUACCGCAGCAAGUCAGUAUUCACGAUAUCUGGCCCAACGAGGAGCCGAUGGCCAUGUGGACGAAGAUGAUGAGGACGAAGCGGAACAUUGGAUCAGUGGACGAGAUGAUUACGACCGCGACUACCAGCAAUAUCAAAACAGUUACGAUCUACGCAAUGAUAGCGAAACAAUGAAUGACUUGGACAAUAUACAAGACGAGGGUGAUGAUGAAGAAGAAGAAGAAGAAGAAUUUCGCAGUGAUGAAGAGGUAAAUUCAAAGUGAAAAAGGCUGGGGUGUGAUAUCCGGUAUGAACGUGAGUUGCUCAAUGACGCGAUAGGAUCAUCCGGGCCAUUGGUCAUCGGGCGGUACACGA